GCUUUGUCGACCAGGUUCACCUCACCUGGCACGAAUUCAGCCCCAACCGGGGAUACUAAUAAUCCAAUAUAAGACCUCUAAACUCCGGGGGAAGUGAGGGUUAACGGAGGACACGGACCGUCUGUCGCUCGGCAGGAGAAACACCGCCGGUUAUCUUUGUUACCGACUCCACGCUUACGUAGUUUUAGCUCGCUAGCUAACUGCGCUAGCUCGAAAAGAAAGGCCGUGUCCAGUUGACUCAGUUAUUUAACGGAUAGCGGGAUCUUUCUGGCAUAGCACGGUUGCCUCCCACCGUUUGGAUUGGAAACCCUUUAAGUGAAACAUCAAGACAGGAUGGCCCUGAAAAGGAUUCACAAGGAGCUUAACGACCUGGCUCGUGACCCUCCAGCACAGUGCUCAGCCGGCCCAGUGGGCGAUGACAUGUUUCACUGGCAAGCCACAAUCAUGGGACCUAGUGACAGUCCAUAUCAGGGAGGUGUUUUCUUCUUGACAAUUCAUUUUCCAACAGACUACCCCUUCAAACCACCCAAGGUUGCAUUUACAACAAGAAUUUACCACCCAAAUAUUAACAGUAACGGCAGUAUCUGCCUGGAUAUUCUCAGAUCACAGUGGUUUCCUGCACUUAGUAUUUCUAAAGUUCUUCUCUCCAUUUGCUCACUCCUAUGUGACCCAAACCCUGAUGACCCACUAGUGCCAGAGAUCGCACGAAUCUACAAAACAGAUAGUCCGAGAUACACCAGAAUGGCAAAAGACUGGACACACAAAUACACGAUGUGAUGUCAUCAUGUGGAGAGCUGGUGGAAAAUGUUGUUGCUGGUUCAAACAAAAGAAAUCCGGGAUUCUAUUUUUUUCUUUUUCACUUUUUCCUUUUUGUCAAUCAGAGCAUUUUACCCCUCUUUAUUAUUAUUAUUUUUAUUUUUCCACCUGCGCGCUCAUAAGAAGAUAGUGUUUUCUCUUUAGGACACGUGCCAGUUUCUGUGAAGUAUCGACUCCCAGUUUGUUCGGAGUUUAAAAAAAAAAGAAGAAAAAAAAAGCAAUCACCAUGAUUCUGAACACUCGAGCAUGCACCAGUAAGAUUUGGUGAUGUUAGUCAUUUACUCUGCACACACACAGUAGAAUCUGAUGCGACUGUAUCGACCCCGUGGCGGUCCGGUUGGUUGGCUGGAUCCUGUGCGGUCGAUCUUUACGUCACCGUCAGCUGGAUUUCAGAGCACUUAUAGAGAAGCCUGUCUGCGGCCAUACCUGUAAAUUCUGAACUUUAAAAGUUGGUAAAAUUCUGCAUUUAAUGGGAAAAUGCCAAUCAUAUGACAGAUUUGGGAAACUGGUUGGUGGCUCCUGGACUGGUGUGAUGUCAGUUUGUUCUUCUGAUCUUUAGCAUAGUAAUCUAUUACCUGAGGAAAGAAGUGUAUCUUAUUCCACUAUCAAAGUGUGUGUACAGAGAAGCACAGCAGUAUAUAUCAAUGUUAAGGAAACAAAAUAUAAGAACUUCAAUGUUGUAUUUUAUGCAUGUUAAUAAAGGUAGGCUCUUAUAUCUGAUAUGUUUCUGCUAAUUAAGUGGAUCGUAUGGCUGAACAGUUGGAAAAACGUGGUUCCCCUCAAAGGCUAUUUUUCCUUUAUUCAUUAUUUAGAAGCCAGUAGAUGAGCUCUUAGUUUGACGCCCACUCGAACACUGUCUUCUUGUAGCCCUAAAAUAUUGAUGCAAAGCUGAUGGUUGAUAAUCAACUUGUGGCUCUGUUUCUUUUUAGUUUUCCCUUCAAUAAAGUUACAUAAACCAUUAAAAAAAAAAAAAAAAAA